AUCGAAGACGAAGGAAAACUCGCUUUCUCUCACGGGCACCAGCUGAGUGCGGUCGGCCCCAGACGCUGAUGCAGGCUAGGGAGGCGACGCUGACUCCCAAAAACAAAACAAGCGCCCAAAUUGAGCCCUUCAAAAAAUACAAAGGAGCAUACCUAAACGUAAAAAACCCUAAAAACGUUUCUCAGAGAUAGAAUAAGGAGAAGGACCAUACUGAAACAAAAACAAAAACAGAAAUAUCUGCUCAUGUCCCCAAAAUCCCCUCCUCCUCAGAAGAAGAAGUACGGAGCUGGGGUUUUUGGAGAUGUCUACGCUAUAACUAUGAUGCUUCCCAAGGACCUCGACAAGAUGGAUCCUCCUCCUUCUCCUCCUCCCUUUCAGCUCCGAUUUCAACUUCCUGAUCUCAGGCUUGCUAUCAAAGAUGUCGUUAGGACUAGAGAAGUUGGUGAGUUUCUGAGCGGGGCUUUGGCUGGAGCUAUGACCAAGGCCGUACUUGCUCCUUUAGAGACUAUCAGAACAAGGAUGGUGGUUGGUGUUGGAUCCAAAAACAUAUCUGGUAGUUUCUUUGAGAUAAUUGAACAGCAGGGUUGGCAAGGACUUUGGGCUGGCAAUGCAAUUAAUAUGAUUCGUAUAAUCCCUACACAGGCAAUUGAGCUUGGAACAUUUGAGUGUGUCAAGCGAGCAAUGACAUCAGCCCAAGAGAAAUGGAAUCAGACUGAAUGUCCAAAACUGCAAAUUGGUCCUGUGAGCUUGAACUUGUCGCUUUCCUGGAUUUCCCCAGUUGCUGUAGGUGGUGCUGCUGCUGGAAUUGUGAGCACACUUGCAUGCCAUCCUCUUGAAGUUCUGAAGGAUCGACUGACUGUAAGUCCUGACAUAUACCCUAGUCUAAACAUUGCAAUUAGUAAAAUUUACAAGGAUGGAGGAAUUGGCGCCUUCUAUGCUGGUCUCUCUCCUACACUGAUUGGCAUGCUUCCAUACAGUACAUGCUACUAUUUUAUGUAUGAGACGAUGAAGAAAUCGUACUGUCAAGCAAAGAAGAAGAAGUCAUUAAACCGUCCAGAGAUGCUCUUGCUUGGAGCUCUUGCAGGUUUUACAGCUAGCACCAUCAGCUUUCCACUUGAAGUUGCCAGAAAACGACUGAUGGUUGGAGCUUUGCAGGGCAAGUGUCCACCCCACAUGGCAGCAGCACUUUCAGAAGUUAUUCGAGAGGAGGGCUUGGUGGGGCUUUACAGGGGAUGGGGUGCAAGUUGUUUAAAAGUCAUGCCUUCCUCUGGUAUCACUUGGAUGUUUUAUGAAGCUUGGAAAGACAUACUACUCGUUGACAAACGUCUUUUAUAACAGCUUUGAUGAAAUUCAGGCAGAAAUCCCUUUUGGGGCUAACACUGGAAUCUUUACUCAUAAUAUAAGGUAGAAAGUGCCAGCCAUUUGGCUGGAUGUUGACGCUUGGGAUCCAGGGUCUGGUAUCCCUCCAUUUAUAUUUUACAAUGACAAGGCUCAUGCAUAUGGUGUCGGUGUUGGGCUGUUUUAUGUAUGCCCAUCGCCUCACUUCUGACUAGAAAAAUCUCAGCUGAGUUUGAAAUUUUUGUAGCCCCGAUCACCUUUGGUAUGUACUAAACAAUUUAUGUCAGCAAAAUUUUGUUUCUUAUGAUUUUUUUAAGGGGCCUUUCUGUCUUGCA